CCUGGUCUGUUUAUCAUGAUCUGAUAAGGGGGUUGGUCACCAAUAAUACACAGCAUUUCCUAUUCUGACAAUGAACUGUACAUGAAACCCCCCUCUGUCUCUCUGUGUUUAGGCUCCUGUUACUGUAAAGAUCACGUACAAUACACGUCACUGCAUUUGUCAGUAAAGGAGAAACAUUAUAAGAAUAUCUGACGAAUUCAGUUGCUGAACAAGACAAUGUCUGAGAAGACCGAGAACCAAACCUCAGAGCUUCUUGAUGCACACAGAGGGCGUCUAGAGGAAAACCCGGGCACUGGGCUAUUAAAUGUGAAGGAAGAGGAUGAGACAGAUGACAUGAAUAGUCAUCAGACUGAAAUACAUUGGUCCCUCCCUGCCGAUGAAGAUAACACUGAUAUAGUGAAAGAUGAGAUAACAGAAGAUCUGUUUGUGAGGCAUCAGCUAGAAGCACCAGAUGAGAAAACAAGUGACAGUAUCUGCCCAGAUGCUGAUAUAGUGAAAGUUGAGAUAACUGAAGAUCUGUAUACGUGUGAUCAGGUGAAGACUGAGGAAGAUGAAGUUCCUAUAAAUACGGCUAAAGAUGGAACCACAAACUGCAAUAGUCCUAUUUAUGGCCAAAGUACUGAAACUUCUUUCAAUCAUUUUCCAAAUCAAAGAAGCCACGUGGGGAAUUUAUCUUGUGAAUGUGAGGAAUGUUUUAACAGGAAAUCACAUCUUCUUAGUCACCAGAAAAUUAAUAUGGAAGUGAAAUCAUUUUCAUGUUCUGGAUGUGGAAAAGGUUUCAGCCAGAAAUGGGAACUUAUUAGACAUGAGAAAACUCAUACAGGAGAGAAAGAAUUUUCAUGUUCUGAAUGUAGGAAAUGUUUCCUUAGGGAAUGGGAUCUUAAGAGACAUCUGAAAAUCCAUACAGGAGAAAGAGCAUUUUCAUGUUAUGAAUGUGGAAAAUAUUUUUCUCGGAAAGCACAUCUUAUUACACAUCUGAAAACUCAUACUGGAGGCCAUAUGGAUGUGACCCCUUCAGAUGGCUUAGUGAUUGAGCACAGAGGAGAACCGUAUGUGUGCGAUCACGUGAUGACUAAGAAGGAUGAAGUUCCUAUAAAUACAGAUACAGGUGAUGUUAAGACUGAAGUCACACUUAAUACUGAACAAACAAAUGAAGCUGUGAAGCAGGAAAUCAGUGACAAUAUCAGUACAGGUAGCUUCACAAACUGUAGUUAUCCUAGGUAUGGACAAAGUGAUGAUGCUUCUUUCCAUCUUUUUCAAAAUCAAAGAAGCCACAUGGAAAAUGUAUGUUUUGUAUGUGGAAAAUGUUAUACCAGUAAAUCACAGCUUGGAAGACAUCUGAAAAUUCAUACCGAAGAGAAGGCAUUUUCAUGUUCUCACUGUGGGAAAUCUUUUACUCAGAAAUCAGAUCUUAAUAGGCAUCAGAAAACUCAUACAGGAGAGAAAGAAUUUUCAUGUUCUCAGUGUGGUAAAUGUUUUACUCAUAAAACAACUCUUAUUACGCAUCAGACAUUUCAUGCAGGACAAAAAGCUUUUUCAUGUUCUGAAUGUGGGAAAAGUUUUACUUGGAAGUCAAGUCUUUUUACUCAUCUGAAAAUCCAUACAGGGAAGAAAGCAUUUUCAUGUUCUGAAUGUGGGAAAUGUUUUACUCAGAAAUCAACGCUUAUUACUCAUCAGAACAUUCAUACAGGAGACAAAGCAUUUUCAUGUUCUGAUUGUGGGAAAUGUUUUACUCAGAAAUCAACGCUUAUUACUCAUCAGAAAAUUCAUACAGGAGAGAAAGCAUUUUCAUGCUCUGAUUGUGGAAAAUGUUUUACUUUAAAAGCAGAUCUUAUUAGGCAUCAGAAAAUUCAUAUUAAAAAAAAUCAGGGAAAUCAGGGCUUAACCUCUUAACAGCAGAGAGCAACAUGUAAUUGUCAUUAUCACAAUGUGCUGAUGUUGACUCCCUGUGCACCUUAAGCAGUUACAAAAUGGCACAGUGUGUUCAUCAUCCCUGAAGGGGGUCUAGAGUCCCUUUAUAGGUUUGAAUAGCCUAGUGAUCACCUGGAGUAAAUACAAUGUGCAUUAAUUUGAGUAGAGGGAGACCUUUUUAUAUGCAGAUCAAAGUUAUAUAAAUAUACCGAAUGCCCUUAUUUAUAUGUUGUUAAACAUUUAUUUGAAAUGUAGGUACUUUUGAGGGCAAUGUAGUUAGAUGACUGAGAUGACAUUGUUUCCCUAGCUAGAAUAAAGUGACCAGGUGUUUAAAUGUACAGAAGUGUCCAAAAGCCCUUGACUGGAUUAGGAUAACCCCCAUGGCAGUUUAAAAUGCAUUGUGCUGCAAUAUAACAAAAACAUACAAUUUCUUUCAUACAGGUGGUGAGAGUUCACAAUCCAUUACUGCUGGGAAUUACUCUUGCUUACCACUAGGAGGAGGCAAAGAUUUUCCAACCCCAAGAGCUCUAUAAAACCCCUCCCACCUCACAUAUACCUCCAGUCUUUAUUUUGCCUCGGCUGGAGGUGGUUGAAAAAUGAAGAUGUUCAAAGGGGUUCUCAGUAUAUAUUGAAGCCCAGUGUCCGCUUAUAGUACAGUGCUUAUCAGAGGGAUGUAUAUGGGGUAUGGUUUGUGGCUCCUUUUUCACAUUAUUGGAAAUCUGUCACAGACCCUCCAUAAUUGGUUGCAGGGAUUUGCCUUUUUCCUCCUUCUAUAGAUAUACAAUAUACUUCUAUUCUAUACUCCUAUUCUAUAACCUCAGUACUGGUUUGGCUGUCUAUUGUUUGAUUGCUGGUGGAUGAGUACUAUUGGUAAGUAUAUUUUUUUUUUUUAGCAUUUAGACACCCUAUAGGCUUAU